AUGCUCAAUGAUGGCCACCCCAUGUUAGCACCAGCUACUUGGCGGGGAAUGAAAACGAAUAAAAUGGGACAGAUGGAUAUCCCGUUCGAGACUGAGGCUUUUUUACGGAACCGGCCAAAUAUUCCCCCAGGAGGGGCGCAGGGGGCUGGCGCAGGAGGCGUCGCGGGGGACUUACAUAUCGAGGAGGUUGACGGCGAGCGACAGCCACUGCACGGAGGUGAGGUGGUCGCCCCGGGGCAGCUGCGUGAACGACGGAAGCGCCCCCGUCACGCGCAUGCCGGAGUGAACGGCGGUCAUCCUGGCGAUCCUCACAGCGGCGCCUGCGAAGCGGAGGACCUCGGGCGUUCAGCGGAAGAACGGCGAGGAGGACGAGGCGAUGGCCGAAUCACAGGCAGAUGCACGCGCUUCGAGCUCUUGUUCCACGCGAAGGAACCCAAAACGGAAAAGACGGACGGAGAGGAAACACCGGCUCCCCUUCUCUUCUCGUCCGCCAAUCAAUGGACUCGUGAAGUGACUAGUCCGUCAGAGAACCAGGCGUCGGGCGAGGUAAACGAGAGUCCGCAGGAACAGGAGCGAAGCAGCAGGGAACACGCAGAAGGUGGCGACGGCGGCGUGGAAGCAGGAGUAGGAGUAGGAGUAGGAGUAGGAGUCUCUGCCAAGCUGGACGACGAUCGGCUACCCCGGAAUGCUGGUGACGCCCCUCGGCCGGCGGCGCGCGAGGCGGAGCGUGACCUCGCAGCGGCCCCGGAUCGGCACAGCAUCCGGAGAACAGCGGAAGCGGCCUCAUCGCCAUCCUCAUCACCGUCAUUAGCAUCAGCAGCAACAGCAAGAGCAGCACCAGCAGCAGCAACAGCCUGCACCACCCGGUCGAUGGCCAACAGAUGCGCAAAGUCUCUAACUGAACUCCUGAACCAGCACAAAGAACUUUUUGAAGGAGGAGAAGAAACCGUUGGACUUGUACCUGGAAUUAGCCACAAGAUUGACACUGGUGACGCCAAACCAGUCAGUAUCCGGCAAUGGAGACUGCCGCAAUCAACCCGACAAGCCAUCAGAGACCAGUGUGAUUCAAUGUUGGAUGCUGGAGUCAUUGAGCCCUCCACGUCACCCUGGCUAAGUCCAGUAGUGCUUGUGAAGAAGAAAGGAGGUGGUCUAAGGUUCUGUGUGGACUAUCGAGGUCUCAAUGCUGUAACGAAGAAAGAUGCUUAUCCUCUACCCCGCAUCAAUGAGCUGAUUGAUGAGUUAGGCCCAAUGGACACGUUUACCACACUAGAUGCUCGAGCUGCAUAUUGGAGUGUUGAACUGGAGACAACGGAUCGACCCAAAACUGCUUUUUCCGAUGGGUACCGCUUAUUUCAGUUCUGUCGACUCCCCUUCGGUCUAUCCACAGCUCCUACAACAUUUCAGAGAACAAUGAACAUUGUUCUGGCACCAGUACUUGGACGGCAUACAUUGGCAUACCUCGAUGAUGUGAUCAUCUACAGCCGAGGUUUUACUCAACAUCUCCAGCACCUCGCCGAGACCUUACAGCUUCUUUCUUCUGCUGGUCUUAAGCUUAACCCACAGAAGUGUCAAUUUGCUGCCAGUACUAUUGACUUCCUGGGCUUCACUAUCUCACCAGGAGGAGUGUCUCCCAACCAAGAAAAGGUAACUGCUAUAUCCAAGACUCCUGCACCACGCACUGUGAGGGAGGUACGCAGGUUUCUAGGAGCCACUGGGUUCUAUCGGAAGCAUAUUCCUGAUUAUGCAACGGUCGCAUCACCACUGCAUCUACUCUUAAAGAAAGGGCAGAAAUGGAUCUGGGGGCCGAACAACAGUCCGCUUUUGAAGAACUCAAGCUGCGCCUCACAACUGCACCAGUCUUGAGGCAGCCAGAUUUUUCAAGAGACUUUGAGCUACAUACUGAUGCUUCCAGUGUAGCCCUUGGUGCUUGCUUGAUGCAGAGAGAUGUGCACAACACGCCGUACGCCAUUGCUUAUUACAGCAGGAA